AUCAAUUAGUCAGCCCCAGGUUUAUGACGUUUAUGGAUACACUUUUCAGUUCUUAAUGCUUCGUUGUCACAAUUUAAGCAUAGGUUUCUUUUCAUUCAAUAAAAGUCCUGCUUUCCUUUGUUUUAGGGUGUUUUGGACGAUCGUUAUUGCGCUGUUAAGUGCCAUUGUGUACGUCAAUGUUCAAAUGGGACAUCCAAGAACAAUGGGGCAUCCGCUAGUAAUUAACCCUGAAACAGAGGAAACGUACAUCGGAAAUGUUGCAUUUCCCAGGGUCACCGUUGCUCCCCCGGGGGGCUUUAAGCGCUAUCUAAGAUUCCGUUUUGUAAGGGUAAUAUUGUUGUAAUGUCUUGUGCAUAUUUAACUUGUACUUUUAUACGUAGAAAUUAUUGGCUCGCAAAGGACCGACGUUUUACUAAUUGGACGACUAGUGAGGCGACAGGAGUAUUUCGAAUAAUUUAUCAAGUUUUAGUCGUCUAUUGGUAGUUUUACACUAAACCUUUAACUCGUUUUUCUUGCAUUUAUAUGGAUCCGAAACUGAUUUUAUCAGGGUAAAUAAAUGCAUCGAUCCAGAAUUUCCUGGAUCAUCUGUACAAGUUUACGUAAAUAUAUAUGGAGUGAAAGGCAUACAUAAUUUCAUACACUCGUCCAGUUAAUCCGACCUUAUCUCCCUUUUGUACAGAAAAGAGACACGCCUAUUUGCAUACUAUAACUAUACUACUCUGACCUAUCGAUAAUGACUUUACUGGAUCAAUUAUCUCAACAAGAAUUUAAUGAAACAAGACCAUCUGCUCACACAUGUCAGAUCGUGUACACUUUAUUGUUUGAGAUUAGCCAGACCGACCCACAAUUUCCUGUUCUUCUUCUUGACUCCGUGCACGAAAGUGAUGGAAAGUUCUACUUUCACUGACUUUCACCCACAUUUUUAUUAUCUGCAUUUUCUUCAAAUUUCGUUAUUUUGCAAAAUUAUCUUUCAUAAUUAUUUAAAAGUACUGGAGAGGAAGUGAGAUUAUCAGUGUGAUGUAUAUUUUUAUUACCAUAAUCAUGGCGCUCCCAUCUGCUCAAGCCGGACUGAAGUGCUACUGGUGCAUUGGGGAGUUGGACGCCACGAUGGAAAACUGGUCAUCAAUCAACCGUUUAAAUAAAAUCCAUCAGCGAUUCGGCGAACAAAUUAUUCCCAAAUGUGACACCGUUAAGAAUGAUGACACCGACUUUUCAUGGGAUUGUGGCAAUGAGCGGGGUGCAGUUUGUUUCGCGUAUACGGAUCGUCGCAAGGGGAGGGGAUGCUUGUCACCUGCCGUGGCAAAAAUCCUUGGAAAAAAGACACGCCCUGAGCCAGGAACUUGUCGAAAAGUUUGGGUGGGUGGAGAACACUCGGAAAUUUGCUACUGUAAUGAGAACUACUGCAACAUGGGGGAGACGAAUGGUGUGUCAUUGGCAUCAAGUCAAGCUAUCUUUAUCUGGAUGAGCUAUCUUUUAAGAAGUAAAUUAUGCUGAGGAGAUGUGUUAUUGUGUUAUUUGCAUAUGGUAUUUGAAAUUGCAAAGAAAAUUAUGUACAAAAUUCAAUAACUUGCAACUUAACUCAGGGCACGUGCCCUGAGUCAAUUAUAUAUAUUUGGCGUUACUUAUUGUAGGAAGUUGGUAGGAAGGAAGUAAGAAGUUGGAUCAAAAUUUGCCAAGUUCCGAGUCUUUUAUAACAAAAUCGCUGACGUUUGAUGUGUUAUUUUUGUAAUUCCACUCGAUUUCCAUAUCUCACAUAAUUAUCUGUGCCCUUGAAUUUUUAAUGAUCACAGAUCUAUUCGGCGUAUACUUAUUGGAGGAGGUUGCUAGUGCUCCCCGUAGUCUGAAAAUAUAAUGCAAAUUAACUUUUGAAAAUUCAAGGAAUCGGAAUCUAUUUACAAAUCUGUUUACAAAUCUAUAUGCUAAUUUUAUUUUAUCAAAAUUUUGGCAUGAAACAUGACCAAAUUUUCAAAAUUGACAAGCCUUGGUAAGAAAUAUAAAUUAUGUAUGUCGGUAAUAAAUUUGAGUAUGAUAAACUCAAAUAGUCAAUUUUUGAUGUACUUUUAUACUAAACUGCUAAUUUUUUGAUAAAUUAAACUCAAGCAUGUAUGUACCAGUUUGCAAUUCAUCCUUUAACAAGUCUGUUUUUUGCCUGUAGCUCCUGUCUCCUGUACUCAGAAUUAGAGUGAAUUGCGAGUGAUUGAAACUUUAAAUAAGAGUUUAUUUACGGUAUGUUCGCAUGUAGUUUAUUACAAUUACAAUUGCUUUGAAUUGAACAGUUUAGUAUUUUUUGUAUGUUCUCCACCGAUCAUGCAUUGUAUUUUUGUAUUUGCAAUAAUCAGUCAGUCGUAUUUUGUGUUUCGGUAGGAGGCUUAAUAUAUAAGUAGCAAUUACACAAGUAAGGAUAUUGCAAAUUAAUUGCUGAAUUCCAGAAAUAUGUACAGAUAUCUUAGACUAAACUGGCAUUUUCUUUGUACUUAUCCUUUAUCUAUCGUAGAUAUUUACUACUAUCUAUAAUACGAUUAUUAUAUAACAAUAACAAUUAUGUAACAGGUACUUAAAAAUUGAUAAACGAAAAUAAAUAGUUGACCGCCCCAAA